UUUAUCUGCCACGCCCACGCCAUAUCCACACUCAGCUGUUACUGCGAGCCGCCUUUAGCCGCCACAUGCAUCGACUCCUAAACGCGCGGUGUCGGACAGAAGGGAAGCCGGACGGGGGCUGCCAUCACGCGUCGGAUUAAUCAGUUCGUCCGUCAGUUCUGAACAACUUGUUGCGCAGCUGCUAUUUCUAACCUCCUCUGUGGUCCUUCACAGCGGAAGGAGAGACGCUGCUGUGUGACCCAUCGGCUUCAAGGUGGUCAUUUCUGUGAAGGAAAGACAGAUGGACGAAGUCUUUUGGUUUUUUUUUUUCCUUAAUCGUGGAAUCAUUUGACCUGAUUGUAUUUGGGGUUGUUUUGUUUUUAUUUUUAAAUGAAGUCCUGCAAACUACAGUGAAUUUUCGAGUCUCUUUAAUAUGAUCUCAGAGACAGGGGAUGCGGGUCUUGAGCUGGACGCGUCUUUGCCACGGACUAGACUGGAGCCCCAGCCUCUUCUACCUGACUUUACUUUUGUGGACCAGGCGUAUGAAUGGACUGGCUGACUUUUCAAACUACCUGUCCAGGAUCAUCACCAGUCACUCCGCUCACGCGUGUGACGGGCAGCCCGUGCGACUCCACUGUCCACGUCACUCCACCAUCUCCAUCCAGUCUGCCUUCUACGGGAGCGGCGGGGCGAGGCUGUGUGGAGCGGACCCUCCACUCCGAGCCCACAACCACAGCUGUUCAGCUUUUACUGCUCUACAGAAGCUGCUGUCAGAGUGUCAGAGCCACAGAGACUGCCAGCUGCCCGUCAACCACCUGCUGUUUGGGAAGGAUCCCUGUCCUGGCACGACCAAAUACCUCCAUGUGGACUACAAGUGUAAACCCACUGAACACAAAAGACAUGUGGUUUGUGAAGGGGAGGAGAUGAUCCUCCGCUGUAAGCCCCCCAGGGUUCUGAACAUCUAUGCAGCUGUCUAUGGGAGAAGUCUGGGCCAGAGUGACACCUGUCCCUCACACCUGACAAGACCACCCCCAUUUGAGUGUCUGAACCACGAGGCUGUGCGAUUGGUGUCCAAGUCCUGCUACAGCAAACAGAAGUGUGUUGUUGCCGUUAGCAACCAGACCUUUAGGGACCCCUGCUUUCCAGGAACCAGGAAGUACCUCAGUGUGUUCUAUUCUUGUGUACCACGGACUUUACUAAAGGAGGCAGACCCUUACAUGUUCCACUCCACCUCAUCUCCUACUGUGGACACAGGAAAAGCUCCUCCUGCAGAUCUGGAGGAGCCUUUCUCCAAAGGGUCGAAAAGGCCAGACAAUUCAGGAGCCAUGAUGAGCAACUCUCUCCUAACCUACGCCUACAUCAAAGACCAUUCAGAGAUGGCUGCGCUGCUGUUCACCUCCAGUGUGUGCGUUGGUCUUCUGCUCACGCUGCUGGCUGUGUCCGUCCGAGUGACCUGCAGAGGGCGCCGACGCAAAGAUCACAAGCUCGCACCCAAAUCUCGCAGCCAGACUGUCAACUGCCAGGAGGAGGAGGACAAUGAUGACAACGACGAUGAUGAUGAUGAUGAAGAUAAUGACCAAGAGGGAACAGAAAGCUCUUUAAUCUCAGCCGCAGAAAGGAAGGCGAUAUACGGCUGGGAGGAAGUGACCUACGUGAGCGAGGCAGCUGAACGGGCUGAGAGGAUUGAGCGCAGAGAGAUGAUCAUACAGGAGAUAUGGAUGAAUGCCUAUCUGAAUGGCAGCUCAUGUUAACUAAACUGUGACUCCUGGUUGCUGUUAAGCACCUUCAAGAUUUUUUCAGGAUUUUCUGUGCAGCAGCUCCCAACCUGUGACAGUCUUUUGUGUGUUUUGCCAUUUUUGCAGAAGUCUGUGGAGGAUUUAAUGUUCGGGGGAAAGAGCAGCUCUAGCCAUUUUUUUAAUGGUUCCACAGGGUUUAAACCUAUAAAAUGGGUGGUCAUAUCAGUUUUAUAAUUGCUUAAAUGUAUUUAUUCGCAUUCACCACCAAACUAGGAUUUCAUGCUGAAAUACUGUUUACUGCUACAAAAAGGGGAAAAUCGCUGGUUUAGACAGAAAUCUCACAGCUGCCACAUUUUUUUCAGGUCAAUUCAGUUGUAUUUAUAGAGGCCAAUACAACGUUAUAUAUAAAUAUAAAGUUGCCUCAUUGGGUUUUACUGUCUGUACAGCAUAAAGCGCCUUCCAUCCUAUCUAGACUUGUGAUUCAGACAAGAAAGGACUCCCCUAAAAUUACUGUAUUUUCAUCAAUGAAGUCUAAGGAAGUUGAGCAGAGGAGGGAUACCUCUUCCAGGAUGGACAGACAUGCAUCAUGUGUACAUUAAAAGAUUAACAUAGUAAAGUUAUGUAUGAGUGUGGACAAUCAGGAGGAUACAAAUAUAAACAACAUGUAAAUGCACAUUAAGAAUAUGGAUCCAGGAAGAUAUCAGGCAACUUUCAGGUGCUGCCGAAGAGAUUGGACUUGAACCACAUGAUCUCCUCUCCACCACGAGCCCCUAUAGAGAACAGGGAAGAAGACCGACUACACAAACACACAAAAGGCAAACCUCUAGCAGACCUUUCAGAAGAAGAAAGAAAAACUUUCAGGAGAGAUACAGGAAGAACAAAUAAGAGAGCAAGCGAGACAUAAGGGAGGCUGAAUCUAUUGGAGGAUGCAGAUCAGAAUUCAAAACAUGGAAUGAAGGAAGUCUCAGGGCGUCCAGAGGUUCAGCACAGAGAAGCCCGAGUGAAAGCAGAGGACGAGGAGAAGCUGGGAGACUCACUUCUGUGUUUCAGGGACACAAACUGCGGGUUACAGAGAUGCAGUGGUUUUCUGGACGUUUACAGUGUUCUCGCCUGCAGGACAAACAUGAACUGUUAGUGCCAGGCUUACUAAGAUUCACUGCGACAGAGAACAGCCUGCCUGAAGUAUAAUGGUAACCGGUACAAGAUGAGCUCGAGGCUUGGAUUUGAAGGUCUCAACAGGUUAACACUGUCCAGUGUCAACAGGUAAGUUAUUCCAAAGCAAGAGAGCAUGAAAAGGAAGGUCCUGCUGCUCCCUAACUCUGACUCUUUUCUUUUUUUUUUUUUUGGGGAAAAGGCCAUCUUGAUUUUUCUUAAUGACCAAAGCUAACACCAAGAUUCUUGAUUGUCAAACUUUAUGGGUAACAAUAUGUGAUCAAACUGAUGUUUUUUGUUUUUUGCUAGCAGAGCUGAUGACCAGUAUCUCAGUUUUAUCAGAAUUUAAGAGCAGGAGUUUACACAACAUCCAGUUUUUCACCACAGACGAGCUGCUGUCAGUACAUUUGGCUACAGUGUCAAAAAGAAAUCAAGGAUUGUGUUUAUUGUUGCUGAUUAAACGAGAGAAAUAUGCCUCUUUGGCAGCGGGCAGAGCACGUUUGUAAUUCCAUACGCUCCCGUGCCGUGAGAGGUAAGUGGUACAGGAUCUCCUGCAGGCCUGAGAGAGCUCUCUCCAGUAAAGCAGGGUGCAGACCUCUUUGACUGCUUUAAAGCAGGGCAACAGAAUCCAGUAGACUACAGAGGGUUGAAUUUAAUCACUAUUACAGUUUUCAACAGAGUCUGCUGCAGUAAAAAGCGCUGAGCCAUAGGCACUCACUCAUCAAGUGCAGUUAAAGCUGAGGAAAAUGGCAAGUGG